CAUACUAUCGCUACGCCAAGAGGAUCCUGAUAGAAUUGCUGGCUCAGCCUGGCGAUAACUGAGUUUGCAUUUCCGAGACUUCUUCACUGCGAAGAGGACAACCCAGACACUAGGACUCUUGGGAUUCUUCGACUGGAGCGUUCCGUUAUGGUCAUGAUCGCCAUUCACACCCUGUCCAGCCGGUUUUGCGAUGGAGGCUCAAUGGCGGCUCAAUGGCGGCUCAAUGGCGGCUCCUUGGCUCAUGAAGUUGUGGAUGGCGAGCUGCGAGAGUAGCAUCACGACGAGUUGAAAAGUGAGGGAAAAAUAUGAAUCAAGACACAGGUCUCCACUAGCAACAAACCAAAAUCAAGGUCGGGUUGUCUUGUGUUGUCUCCGAAGGCGUGAGAGCUCCAAAUCCGUUGCUGUGAUAUAAAAGAUCUGUCUUUCCUCGAGUUACAGCUUUCUUCUUCUUCAACUUCAAAGACCUGUGACCGAGUCAAGGAAACGAUAUAGAAUCAUGCUGACAAUGUUCCGCAAAAUUGGGGCUCUUUCAGCCCUCGCUACUGCUACCGCCGCAGCCAUCGGAACCCAGGAGGGGCAGGCAUUGCCCACCUUGGUUGACCUGGUUAACCAAACCCAUGGAUUCUCUUAUCUGAAUACAUAUCUCGAAAUGUUUCCCGAAGUCAGGGAUUCGGUUGCCAGCUUAACAAACAUCACCGUUCUGGCACCCUCGGAUACUGCGAUAUGGAAGUUUAUUGAGACUCCACGAUACGCGGAACUCGAGGAAGGUGGCGCCGACUAUCUCCAGGCCCUCCUUUCCUACCACAUUCUAAAUGGCGUGCACGACAACAUCAGUGAAUAUGGCCCACUCACCACUCUCCUCUCCUCACCCAAAUACACCAACACCACGGCAGGCCAGGUUGUCUUCGCAUACUAUAACGACCAUGGGUUCGAGGUCGCCAUUGCCUCCGGUAACGACAGCGUUGCAGGCACCCUUGGAGGCAAGCCUAUCCCGUUCCAGGGAGGUGUCGUGUACCCAAUUAACGAUGUCCUCACCAUCCCCGGGCCUCUUUCAAAAGAGGUGUCAGGAUCAUUUAACGGAACGUCUUUUGUUAAUGCUCUCGAUAAGUCCGGGCUCACUGGAGAGAUGAAUGACCUCAAGGACGCUACCUUCUUCGUACCAAAAAACGCCGGCUUCGAGUCAGUCUCACAGAGCCUCUCCGCACUGAGCCCGGAGGCAUUAGCGUCAAUUCUCAAAUACCAUGUUGUCCCGGAUUUCCUUGGCUAUUAUGACAGUUUGGAGAAUGGGACUACCCUGACCACUCUACAGGGACAGAAGUUAACUAUUUUCGUGAACGAAGCGGAGGAGAUGUUCGUUAAUGGUGCGGGAAUUAACAUAGUUAAUAUCCCAGUGGCUAAUGGUAUUGCCAUUGUUAUUGACAAUGUCCUUAACCCAGAAGCUACUGUUAAGCCACCCACUAAGGAUGCGGAAGACGGUGUGGCAGCUUUUCCUACUGGACAGGGCGCAGGUACCAGUGAGGGCAUCACAUCAACCACCACCGAAGCCGCUGUAGCGACUUACACUGGAGCUGCGAAUCCUCUGAGUAUUGGGGCUAUAAGUCUUUAUACAUUAGUUGGGGCUGCUAUGUUUACCAUUGCCCUUUAAAUGGGUUAAAAGUCAGCACGGACACUGGUAAGAGAUAUGGACUAUAUUGUUACGAGUCGGCCUGAUCGCAGGCUGCAUACGAACCCGUGACGACGGAAUAAUACAAGGAAGGAUAGCCGAGUUAGCCUCGUAGAGAUAAAGCCUGACACGUGACUUCUAGGAAAGGAAAUGGUUGAUGUGUUGAUAUGGCGGAGUGGUGUUGGCUACACCACCACACCAUCACAGCACAACCACCACAGGAUAUGUAUACACAGUCAUUAAAUAGCUUUACCACGUAGUUAACUUUCUUC